AUGGAUUGUUUAAAAUCGAAGCUCAUCAUCAACCUUAUGAUUCCAGCCAGAUUCGCUGACUCAUUCGUGCUACCGAACCGACAUCGACUCCGCCCACUAGCAGCGAUCGCGGCGAGACACGAGAGACAGCGAGAAUCGAGCGACGAAGCGCGUAUAAAAGACGGCGAUCGACGUGUGAUUUUCACGAACUUCUCUCACUCAAAAAUGAAGUCGAUUCUUGUGCUCAUCGGGCUCGUCGUCGCCUCUCAGGCCGCUGUUCGCCGAGACACCGCUGUCAUUAUCAAUAAUGUUCAACACAACUUCAAAGACAACUGCUAUAUUAAAGCCGGAGGAGGCUGCAAAUGCGAUGUGAAAGAGGGACAUGAUGAGGUGACCACUCGCGAGUUUGACAACAUCGACUUCUGCAAGAAGCCGGUUGAACUCCAAACCGCUGAGAACAAGAAGAAGCUUGGCGACGAGAUCAAGCAGAAGUUCGGCGCGUUCAAGGAUAACUGCUUCCCGAAGCCAUCGGGAGGAUGCAAGUGCAACGUCGACUUGGGACACGGCGAGACUGUCAUUGAAUACUCGCGCGAUUCCGACUGCAAGAAGGCGGUCGAAGUGAAGACUGCUGAGGAUAAGAAGAAUGUGAACGAUGAGAUCAAGGAGAAGUUCGGCAACUUCAAGGAGAAUUGCUUCCCAAAGCCAUCGGGAGGAUGCAAGUGCAACGAAAAGGACGCGAAUGGAAAUGAGGUGGUGACGUCGUACAACAACGCCGAGCAGUGCAGUGUGCGCGCCAAGAGAGACAUUGGUGUCCAACACCAACGCCAGCCAUCGAGCGUCGCCCGCGCCAGCGUCAAGGAUUUGCCGCAGCACCAGAGCCGAUCGCAGCCCAACUAUGAUGUUCGCGAUCCGGUCCGAGAGCGAGCUCAGGCGAACUACGCCGCUGUUGUUGACGAGCUCAAGAACAAAUUCAAAGGACUGAAGGAUGGAUGCUAUCCACGACCGAGAGGGUGCCUUUGUGUCAUUGGAAAGACUCCAGAGGGACGCGACAUCACUGAGCGAAGAAUGAAGGAGUCCGAGUGUAAGUGUGCCGAAGGAGAGCGAGGACCUGGAUGUCCAGCUGCUUAG